AUGACAAUUUCCAUUAAUAUCUUCCAUGCUGACUCUUUGAGCUCGACUCGGACUUUCUCACCCCAGCUGGCUCAGUUCGGUGGCGAUGAGAUGGUGUUAAUCGAGAUGCAAGGGUCAUUAGAGGUGGAAGGAAACAAGGAUGGCCAGACUGUUGGGAAGCUGCGUAUCGACGAGAUAACGAAAAAACCUACUCUUCUUAUCGGCCAUCAUCUACUGGAAGGAAAACUCGUAAAUCUCCCUAAGCCUCUUGCUGUGCUCCACCGUCAAGCGCAUGGGCGAAGUAGAACCGAAGACGUAGAAAUGGAGGAUGAUAUUAGAACGCUGAAGGUCGAGGCGGAGUGGGACAUUGUAGCAGUCGUGAAGCGCAAAAUGAUCUUCUCAAAACGACCUAUGCCAAUGGUAGGCAAACAUAGCACUGCGUCGGAGACAAAGCCUAUAGCGCAAAAGACAUAA